UGCUUGGCGCUCGGCGCUUGGGAGUUGGGACACAUGCAUACGGUUUCCAACAUAGUGAUUGUGACUACUAGAAAACGAACGGUCUCCAGUAAACAGGCCUCGACAGAUGGGGAUGGAGUAGAAUUCUGUGGCACUUCUCCAGCACCGAGGCGUGGUGCUCUUGCCACUUGGUCAAAACAUGGAGCUACAAGUGCAUCCCAACGAUGUGCCCGGGGUGCCCGACGGAGCUGCCCUGCUGCGCACGUUGCGUGAACAUUUUGCCAUGUCUGGAUUCCGGCCAGGGCAGCUAGAAGCGAUUCAGGCCACGCUCGCCGGGCAGGACGCCCUGGUCAUCCUGCCAACGGGGGGCGGCAAGAGCGUGGCGUUUCAGCUGCCGUGCCACACGCGGGCGCACGGCUUCACGGUGGUGGUCUGCCCGCUGCUGGCGUUGGCCAAAGACCAGGUGGAUAAGUGCGAGGAGCGGGGCAUCUACGCGGAGCGCUGGAACUGUGAGGUACCCGAGCCGCGCAAGGCCAGCAUCGCCAAAGACAUGGUGUGCGAUGAGCCCUCGCUGCGGCUGCUCUACACCACUCCGGAGUCAUUGCAAACGCCCAAGCUGCUGGAAAGUCUCAAGGAGGCCUGCGCCAACGGCAACCUGGUGUCUUUUGCUGUGGAUGAGGCGCACACGGUGUCGGAGUGGGGCCACGACUUCAGGCCCGCCUACCUGCAGCUGUCCGCCAUCAAGCAGGAGUUCCCCUCCGUGCCCGUGGUGGCUCUCACGGCCAGCGCCACGCCAAAGGUGCGGGACGACAUCAUCUCGGUGCUGCGGCUCAAGCAGCCGCGUUUGAUCAAGGGCUCCUUCAACCGGCCCAACAUCGCCUACCAGGUGCGGCACAAAGAGCUUCUUGGUGAUGGUAGCGACAACGCGGCGCUUGAGGACCUGGUCAAGUUCAUCCAGGCGCGCAGCGGCGAGGGCGGCAUCGUGUACGCGCGGCUUAGAGCUACCUGCGACUGGCUGGCGUCAUCACUGGCUGCACACGACAUCGAUGUGGGUUGCUACCACGCCGGCAAGAAUAACGACGUGCGCACGCGGGUGCAGCGGGACUGGAGUAGCGGCGGCACCAACGUGGUCGUGGCCACCAUUGCGUUCGGCAUGGGCAUCGACCGCCCGGACGUGCGCUGGGUGGUGCACUGGAACCCGCCCACCUCAAUGGAGGGCUUCUACCAGGAGUCUGGCCGCGCGGGGCGUGACGGGUUGCCCAGCGCCUCGCUGCUGUACGCCAGCAAGGCCGACCUGGAGUCCAACCAGAAGAUGGAGCGCGGCGUGCGGUCGGGCGCGGUGGCGGAGGUGGCGGGCUACUGCCACGGCGGCGGCUGCAGGCGGCGCUACGUGCUCAAGUUCUUCGGCGAGGAGAGGGGCCCGUGCGAUCGGACCUGCGACGCGCUGUGUGACGCCUGCACCGACCCGCGCGCCGUGUCCCGCGCGCUGUCCCGCCUGGAGUCGCGCGAGGCGGAGGUGGGCAACCGCGCUGCGCAGAUCCGCGCCAAGAUGCUGGGCAUAAACGUGCCGGCGCCAGGCGACGGCGAGGAGGAGGGAGGCGAAGGCGGCGAACGCACAUGCACAGGGGCCAAGGGGCGAGGCGGCGGCAACAAGGCGCUGUGGGCCAGCGCGAACACGUACGGCGCGGCGGCAGCAGCCGGAGACUCCAGCUCGGACUCGGACUCGGACGGCGACGGCGAUGCGGAAGCCAGGGAGGAGGGUGCUGCUGGUGGGAGAGGCGGCAGCGGCUCUGGGCUCCAGCAGCAGGGCACCACGGCAGCGGCAGGCGGCUUGCUGCGAACGGUGGCACCGCCCGUUCUCCGCCGCCCGCCCGUCCUGAAGCGCCCUAUGCCACCACCAGCAACAGGCGCCGGUGCGCUGGGCGGCGGCAGCGGUAGUGGCGGAGUCAGGAUUUUGGAGGACCCGCAGGGUGCUGCCGCACCUGGCAACCACCAGCAGCCGCUGUCCCCGGUAAUGGCGGACAAGGCCCUGCAGGACGACGGCGAGGAGGAGGAGGUGACCGGGCCGCCACCGCCGCAGGAUGGGGCGGGCCAGCAGGAGCGUCGUGCCCUGACACCGUGCACGGACGGUGGGCCCCGGUCGGCUGCUACCCGGCAGCCCCUGCUCAAGCGGCCCAAGCCCUGCGGGGCCGUGCAGCUGCCAUUCAAGGCGCCGGUGCGGGUAGGGCCCAAGUCGUGUGACGGCGCUGGCACUGGCGCUUCCCUACCGACGGCCGGUCGCGGCAGCUCCGGGGCGGUGCCCACCUCUUCAAGCGGCGUGCAGGGGCCCGAGGUGGCGAUGGAGGGAGAGGCGGAUGGUGGCGGGUCGGGUGAGGUGGCUACCGCCAAGCCCCCGGCACAGGCGGCUGGUGGGGGCGUGCUGGUGAUGCGCAAGCGGCUGGGCUUUGUGCCGCCGGCGCGUGUGGGCCCUGGAAAACUUGGGUGACUUAGUGCACACGCCGGGGCGCAACAUGCAGGAGAGCGUAGCAGGAUCAUGUGUGGAAUUAGCGCUGCAAGCGACCAAGCGCUUGUCUUAGGCGUUUAGAGGGAGGCCAUUGUGAACGCAAAGCAUGGGGUCAUUUGUGGUUCUGGCUACGUGCGUCUGCUUUAAGGGCGUGUUUGUGUGACGCAGAGUGCGGCACUGCUUUGUGGGCUGGCAGUAGCACUCCAUCCAUACAGAGCUUUAGGACUGCUGAUUGUGCUUAAGGAGGAUGGCGAUUCCGCUAACAAAGCGGAUC